AGGGUCCAUCCAUGACGUCACCGUUAUUUAUAAACAAACCAGUGCUGUUCUGUGUACGGUGUUUGGGUGCGUACGUUUCCCUCCCAAAAUCUACCCUACAAGACGGUCGUGAUGUGUGACGCUCCGCUAGCCUAAAUUCCCGCGCCUUCGCCAGUGGAGCAGAAGAAGCACCGAACUUCCGCGCAGUCGCAGUCAGAACAUUCCCUCGUCAGCUCCAGCAGCACGUCGCAGCAGCAUAACAGCGUUUGAAGGCAUUAAUCUGAGCAGAAGCGUGCAGUGAAAAGCAUGUCCGAGCAAAUGGAGCAAGUAGGGCUACCGCCCGGUUGGGAUUGUAAAUACGAUUCCAGAACAGGUCGCUACUACUACGUGAACCUGUUCACCAAAACGACGCAAUGGGAGGAUCCGCGGGCCAGGAUCCGUCAGCUGCAAACUGGAGCACCACUUCACAUCUCGAACGAUAGCAUUUCCAUGCAGCCAGUGCAUGGUUCUCCCUAUCAUGUGUACCCCGCCAGUAACUCGUUCUAUCCAGCCCAGGCCGCCUUCCAGAAUCCACCCUCCGGUGUGCCGAGCCUUAAUGCUAGCCCCAACCUUGCCCAAAGAUUGCAACAGCAGCAGCAGCAGCAGCAACACAUCGAAAUGUCACCGAUGGUACGGCCCAGCCCGCGGAUGGGGCUCGGACGCCAGGGCAUGGUCGAGACGACGUUCACCACGAACGUGACGGCGGCCGAAACCGAUCUCACGGUCGCUAAAAUUAACUCCAUGUUUCCCACCGUGCCGGAAACCCACAUCCGGAUGCUGCUGAAGAAGUACUACAACCGUGAGGCGGUCGUAAUAAGCGCCCUGCAGGUGGAGAAGCAUCCGCUGACGACGCCCGGCCCGUACUCGACGCCACCGCUCGGCCACCGGCCCUUCCACAACACGGCGAUGGGCGUCGUGUCCGCGUUCCAGAUGACGCCCGUGCUCGGCGGGCGCAGUGAGAUGUCCAGCUCGCGCACCGGCAGCCCGGUGCCGCGCCCGGCCAGCGGUGCCAGCGGUAGCUACGCCGGCGGAUACGGAUCGCCCCGGAACGGACCGGCGGACGGGUAUCGCAGCUCGCCGAAGCCCCACUCGUCGCCGAAGAUGAAGCUGAGGUACAUGAAGAGCAUCUUCCCGAAGGCGGAGGAAACGCUCAUCCUGGACGUGCUGGCCAAUGCGGACAACAACGUGCAGACCGCUUCCCAGCAGCUGCUCAAGAUGGGCUACGACAAGCGCGAGCAGCCCGUGCCGCAGCGCAGUUCCGCCUCCCGCAAGGGAACCGGCACGUCCCAAGCGACCGAGGACGACAAAAAGGAGGAGCUGAAAACACCGACACCGAAGCUCAAGUCGCCGGAGGAAAAGAAGAAAAUAAAAGCACGCCUGCAGACCAAGUACAAGGAUACGCCGGAGAAGAUCAUACUGAUGGCGCUGGAAAGCGUGGACUACUCGGAGGAGCGCGCCAAAAAGAUACUGAACAUUGUCAUCCAGGAGGACAGGGACAAGAAGAAGAGCGUCAAGAUCGAGGCACCCCACAAGGCGGAGGAGGAUAAGGAGAAUGCACGCGCCAGUGCUGGGCCAAGUCGAAGCAAUAGCACCGCUUCGUCGCAGCCUCGCACACCGCUGCUGGCCAAACGGGCCCACGAUGGUAGCGGCGUGGCUGUGGCCCCUUCCCACGACCCGGGCAAGACGACGGUGGACGGCACUGUUAAAGCGACCGAACAGCAGCAGCAGCAGCAGGAAGGCGCGGCAGCAGAAGCUUCAACAACCAUCGCAGCGAGCCUGGAAGCGGACCACUCGCCCGGUGCUAGUACGACGGAAUCGUCCAGCAGCGACACUACACCGGAUGACUCGUCGUCCCCGGACUCGUCACCGGCGACCAAGCUGCGAGACGGCGACGGUGUCCGAAGCGUUGGCAAGCAGAACCGCCCGAAAGCCAAAACCGAUCACGCAAAGUAUUCUAUUUUUAGAACAUCCUCCUCGGAAGACGAAUCCAGCGAGCAGCAGAUGGGCACCGACGGCAAGCUGGACGGCAAGUCACCGCAGCUAGCGUCCCGCAUCCCCACCAAGGGACCGAACAUGAAGCUGUUCAAGGGUCCGAACGAUGAUUUGCUGCUUACCGAUUACGUCACCUGGAACGGUGCCAAUCCCGAUCUGGCCAAGGGCAGCCAAAAGAAAUCGACCGGUCCGGAUCGUGCGAUACGCACCGAGCGGACGUACAAACCGCACGGACCCAACGCCGAACUGUGCAAAGGGCCGGUUGGGUCGCUCGCCAAGGGCAGCAUGUACACGCAGCUGAUGAAGGAUGUCAAGUGUAACUAGUCGUGGACGGCGUAAGACGUUGCUCCCGCAGGGGGGAGAAACGUCCACGCUGAUGGUGGUACUGUGCUACACUACUUUCGUGCGAUUUCCAAAUCCAUCCAGAAAAUUAACCGUGUGAUGUUUUGAUAGAUGUAAAAUCGAUGUAAUUGGCUCGUCCAGCACGUUUUUCGUUGGCAUGUGUAGUGUUUUUGGAGAAAUUCUCAUUCGUAAGAGUUGUGACCACACCGGUUUUGGGAUGAAACAUUGAUAAUACUUAGGACUGUAAAAGGGGUACGGGAGGGCGUAGAAUUGGAAGCCGUGUAGAAGUGAAUUGUAGGUGGCCACCUUUGGUUGCGGUUUUUAGUUUGUAAGCACCAACAUUAAUCGUCUAUUAUCCAUUUUUUUAUCAAUUUACAUUUACAAGGGCCUAUUUUUAUAUGAGUGACUUAAAACAUUACCCAGUUUACAUUA